AUGUCGGAUACAACUCAAGGAGCUGAAAGAAGAAAUGUUGCUGAAGUUGAGGGGAGCAUCAAAUUUCCAGAUAUGCAUGCCAUGUCUGAAGAUAAACUGGCAGUACUGAUGUAUGGAAUCUCAUGCAACUUGUUGCCCCUACCAUGGGAUCCAGACAACCCAUUAAAUGCCACUACGGGUAUGCUGCAGCCUACCAUCCUCGUGAUGCACCACACCUCUAAGACUGGUACUCCCCAAUUUGUUGAUGGCAAUGCUGCCCUGGAGCCAGUUCCUGGAAUGGUGAAAAUGGUACUGGGUGUUCCCUAUAUUUAUGAGACCUAUCCAGAGCAUGCUGUUAUAUACCAGCUUGUGGAUGAACUACAACUGCUAACAUGGGGGGACAAAGGCCAGGCACCUAGCACUCCUGCAGUCUAUAAGUUGCCUGAGUUUAAGCGCAAUGACAGGUCAUCAAGACCCCAGGAAGGCUCAUAUGAAGGUUCUUACAAUCUUGCUAGUACUGUCCUAAAGGGGCAGGGACAGGGCACACUCAUUCUUCCACUGAGCAUCUCUGCAGAUGAGUGGGAUGUAUUGGAGUAUGUUAUGGCAGAGAAUAAUGUGUUCACUUUUGGAGGAGGAGGAGUGGGCCCUAUUCAGGAGGAGCUCUUGAAGAAGCCAUUGGUGGUGCUCAGGGAUCCUGGCAUGUAG